UAAAGGCUGGGACUUUCAAGCUCCCUGCACAACCAGCUAGUCAACGUUCGGUUCUCGGCUCAGGCAACUCCGUUCACCCAAGCAUGAAGGCUUGGGUUCCUUUGGCACCUCUGCUGCUGCUCCUGCUCCUGGUGCCCAGAGUGCCCGGGAGCCUCCGUCACCCCUACCUCCACCGAAAAUCCCACCACACAAAGCCUGUCUGUACCCAGCCCGUCUACAAUUGGUGCUCCUCCUGGGAAAAUUCCCGAAUCUGCGAGACAGCCAAGGAAUGUUCUGCCCUAUGGAGAUCUUCAGAUGCCCGUCCUGUCUCUGUGAAACUCUUCUAUGAGGCACUGUGCCCUGCCUGCCGUUCCUUCCUGGUAAUGAUGCUCUUCCCGACCUGGCUAAUUCUGGGCGAUGAUGUCAUGAAUGUCACCCUCGUCCCUUAUGGCAAUGCUGAGGAAAAAAAUGUGAAUGGGACCUGGGAGUUUACCUGCCAACAUGGAGAGCUGGAGUGUGCACUCAACAUGGUUCAGACCUGUGUGCUGUACCUCCUUGGGAAAGAAUUUCCUAAUGCCUUUGCUGUGGUCAACUGUAUGAUGUCAGCUGCAAAUCCAGAGACCUCAUUGGAGCCGUGUCUGAAGAUCUAUGACCCUGAGGUUACUGUGGAUGAUAUCAUGGAAUGUGCAAAGGGACCUCAAGGCAAUGAGCUGAUGCAUCAAAAUGCCAUGAUGACAGAUCAUCUUUCCCCCCAACAUACAUAUACGCCGUGGAUUCUGGUUGAUGAAUAUCACUUAGAGAAUCCAGCUGACCUCUUAAAUACCGUGUGUCAUUUCUAUAAGGGAGAUCUGCCUUAUGCUUGCAAAAAGGACUUCAUGACAAAACAAAUCUUCUUGCAAUGAACCUGCCUUUGGGUGCAUUAAUGCAGGUUUGGUACACUGCCAGUCAAAUGUAUCAGCAGGCAGCUGGCUUGGCUCAGAGGAACCAAGUUCCCAUAAGCAGCACAGAUUUUGAUGAAUCUGGAUACUAGAUCCUUUUGUAUGUUCCUGACAGGCUCAGGAAAUCUCAUCACCCUCUCCAGGGUUUUCUUGAAAUAAAAACCUAUUUCAA